AUGACCUCUUCCUUGUCUGAUGAUUCAUUUCCACCGCCGCCAUACAAGAUUGUUGUCCUAGGAGAUUCAUCUGUGGGCAAAACAUCCUUGGUUCAUAGAUUCACUACCAACAAGUUUGAGGAGCAAACAUUAAAUACAAUUGGUGCUGCAUACACCACCAAGAUCUUUGCUAGUCGACAUAAUCCCAGUAGAAAAUUCAAUCUUGAGCUAUGGGAUACUGCGGGUCAAGAAAGGUAUCGUUCCUUAACGCCAAUGUACUAUAGAAACGCCAAAUGUGCAUUGAUUUGCUUUGAUUUAAAAAACUUAGAGGCUUCUUUUGAAACAGCUAAAUAUUGGAUUCAACAAUUGCAAUUGAACAACUCAUCUACGGAUGACAAGAUUCAGAUCAUGCUUGUGGCAACGAAAUCUGAUCUUGGCGGUGAUGCUGACGUAAAUGAAUACUUGUUCAUUAAAGAGUAUCUCGUAGAUAAGAAUAUUGAUGGCAAAAUUACAAAGACCAGUUCGAAAACCAAUACGGGAAUCCUUGAAUUGUUUGAAAGUAUAGUGGACGGCAUCGAUGAUUCGUUUAUUUCUGAAUAUCAAACGCAGUUAAAGAUUCAGAAUGACAGAGUUGGUUUGGGACUUGGCGCACGAACAGCAACGCGCAAUUGUUGCUAA